AUGCCUCAAACUCCGGGACACUCGCGCAACCAUUCGGGCGUUGACGGCUCGUACCAGUACAACAGCGUCAACUCCUCCCCUCAGAAUAGACGAACAUCCAGGUCCUCCGCCGAUCCCGCAACGCCCUUGCGCAGCAGCUUCAACAACCAAGACGCCCUGGAUAUCUCAUAUGCGAGCGGAGGCAUGGACGGGGGCAACGGGCUAGGCAAUCUUGCAGAUGAACUGGCCGACGCCUUCUCCGACUCUGGAGAUGAAGGAGAAUACUACGAGGAAGAGACAAACAACGACGAGAACAACGGAAGUGGGACACCAAACAUUAAUGUCGAAGAAGCCACCUUUGAAGGAAUAAGGGACAGCGGGGUCGACGUUGCAAGUCUCGGCGAAGCCGGCGGCAAGGGAAAGAACUUCAAUCUGGGGCCACCACCAGCCGCUCAACGCGGUCAUCGACGGAGCGGGAGUGAAUAUGACGGAAGCGAAUAUGGAUCCGAGUCUGACCUUGACUCCCCCGGCAUGCUGCCCAGUCUCGUUGCCAAGAUGGAUGCCGUCGAGUCUUUGGCGAGGAGGGGUACUGAGAGUAAUGGAGGGCCUACGGAUGGUGUCUUCAGCCGGACUCGGCAACUACACAACUUGACCUUCCCGCUCCUUUCUCCACUCGUACCACCGCCGGACUCGGAGACCAUCGAUGAGCUGCUACCCCUUUUGAUCGAGCUAUCCGAAUCGAUGCCGCGACCAACAACGAAAGCCUACGACUCCCUCACAGCCCUCCACACCCUCACCUCGGACCUCGUCCAGAGCCUCAACUACCUCUCAGACACACUUCACAUGUCCAGGCAAACGACCACAACGGCCACGCGUCGGUUGAAGAGCGCCAAAGAGCUGGUGGCCGAGAUCAAGAGGGAAGAAGAGCUCCGGGAGGAGGGUGAGAGGUGGAUCAACCGAGGUAACUGGAGCGAGAGGUUGGCCAAUCGCGAGUGCGCGGGCGUAUGCGGAGAUGUCGUCGGAGGGUUCGAGGAAGUGUGCAACAGCUGGCGGGCACGCCUGCUGGAGCAAGCCGGCGCUGCACAGGCUUGA